GCGCCGCCGCGUCGGAAGGAGUGGGAAGUCAAGUCGGUCGUGGCUCCCGCGGGCUCGGCAACGCGCUUGAGGAGGCGCGCAUCGGUAAGUGGCGUAGCCUCCGUUGCAGGCGCUUCAUCUCCAACGUUCAGCCCCGAAAGGUGCUCAAGGUCGAGUACAGACGAUACCGGGAAUGUUUGCAUCGCCUAUGCCAUGGCGAUGGCGUGGAGCGGACACGUGAUGAAGGAGCUCUUGUCUGGGAAGAGAGAGAGGUCUUGCUCCUCCGACGUCUUCGCUCGGAUCAGGCGAAGGAAUAGCACGUUGCCCGAGCCGACCGCCAGGUUGCGCUUCUGGAUAAACGCGAGAUCGGGAGCGUGUCCAAGCGCGUACCACAUGAUGGAUAGGAGCGCAGCAUCGUGA